AUGUUGUCAGACAAGGAAUUGUACGAAUUGAACAAGAAGGCCGUCACUGAGGGCUUCAAGAUCAAGCCAAGAAUCAAUUACAACACCGUCGGUGGUGUCAAUGGUCCUUUGGUCAUUUUGGACAACGUCAAGUUCCCUUCCUUUAAUGAGAUUGUCAACUUGACUUUGCCUGAUGGAUCUGUCAGAGCUGGCCAGGUGUUGGAAGUUAGGGGCACCAAAGCUAUUGUCCAGGUGUUCGAAGGUACAUCUGGUAUUGAUAUCAAAAAGACAAAGGUUGAGUUCACUGGUGAGAACUUGAAGAUUGCCGUCUCUGAAGAUAUGUUGGGACGUGUUUUCGACGGUUCUGGUCGUCCAAUUGACAAGGGCCCCAGAAUUUUUGCUGAGGACUACUUGGACAUCAACGGUUCUCCAAUCAACCCAUACGCCCGUAUCUACCCCGAGGAAAUGAUCUCGACCGGUGUUUCUGCUAUUGACACCAUGAACUCGAUUGCCAGAGGCCAGAAGAUUCCUAUUUUCUCUGCUUCCGGUUUGCCACAUAACGAAAUCGCUGCUCAGAUUUGUAGACAGGCUGGUUUGGUUAGACCUACCAAGGAUGUUCACGAUGGUCAUGAGGAGAAUUUCUCCAUUGUUUUCGCCGCCAUGGGUGUGAACUUGGAAACCUCCAGAUUCUUCAAGCAGGACUUUGAGGAGAAUGGAUCUUUGGAAAGAACCUCCUUGUUCUUGAACUUGGCUAACGACCCUACUAUUGAGAGAAUUAUUACUCCAAGAUUGGCUUUGACCACUGCCGAGUACUUGGCUUACCAAACCGAGAGACACGUUUUGACAAUCUUGACUGAUAUGUCCUCUUACGCUGACGCCUUGAGAGAGGUGUCUGCUGCCAGAGAGGAGGUUCCUGGUAGAAGAGGUUACCCAGGUUACAUGUACACAGAUUUGUCCACCAUCUACGAGAGAGCUGGUAGAGUUGAGGGCAGAAACGGUUCCAUCACUCAGAUUCCAAUUUUGACAAUGCCUAACGAUGAUAUUACACAUCCUAUUCCUGAUUUGACCGGUUACAUUACCGAGGGUCAGAUCUUCGUCGAUCGUCAAUUGUCCAACAGAGGCAUCUACCCACCUAUCAAUGUCUUGCCAUCUUUGUCUCGUUUGAUGAAGUCUGCCAUCGGUGAAGGUAUGACAAGAAAGGACCACGGUGAUGUUUCUAACCAGUUGUACGCCAAGUACGCUAUUGGUAGAGAUGCCGCUGCCAUGAAGUCCGUCGUUGGUGAAGAAGCUUUGUCCACUGAGGACAAGUUGUCCUUGGAAUUCUUGGAGAAGUUCGAGAAGAACUUUAUUGCCCAGGGUGCCUACGAAGACAGAUCUGUGUUUGACUCUUUAGAUCUCGCCUGGUCCUUGUUGAGAAUCUACCCUAAGGAGAUGUUGAACAGAAUCAGUCCUAAGAUCUUGAACGAGUUCUACGACAGAGCCAGAGAACAGGACGAUGACGAUGAGGAAGAGAACCCCGACAAGUCCCACGACUUGAUCGACGCCUAA